UUUGAGCGCCUCUUCGGAGUCUUGCUGGACCGGCGCCGGUCGCCUCUGCGGGCAUCAUGAAGGCCAUCAUCCAGCGCGUCACUCGGGCCAGCGUGACAGUGGGUGGAGAACAAAUAAGUUCUAUUGGACAAGGCAUUUGUGUGCUGCUGGGUUUAUCUGUGGAAGACACUCAAAAAGAGCUCGAGCACAUGGUUCGAAAGAUUUUAAACCUGCGUGUGUUUGAAGAUGAAAGUGGGAAACACUGGUCUAAAAGCGUAAUGGACAAACAGUACGAAGUGUUGUGUGUCAGCCAGUUUACUCUUCAGUGUAUCCUGAAAGGAAACAAGCCAGACUAUCAUAUGGCAAUGCCUACAGAACAAGCAGAGUGUUUCUAUAACAGCUUCCUAGAACACCUGCGCAAAACGUACAAGCCAGAGCUCAUUAAAGAUGGUAAAUUUGGUGAAUACAUGCAGGUACAUAUCCAGAACGAUGGGCCUGUGACCAUAGAACUGGAGUCCCCUGUAGCCCCCAUUGACUCUAAACAGUUGGCAAAACUUGAGAAACAACAACAGAGGAAAGAGAAGACCAGAAUGAAGGUGCCCUCUGAAUCAAGCCGAGAAAGGAAUGUUCCUAGAAGUAAAAAUGAUCCCAGUGCAAGCAGCGGGGCUGAGGGGGACGUGUCUUCGGAAAGAGAACCUUAGCUUCUCAAAAGCAGGUUCAGAAACGUUCAAUAAGAAGCUGCUGGUGACCUUCUGUACUCAUUAGCAGAUGACACUCAAUUCUUAUACACACAAAAAAAUCAGUCAGAAAGAGAAUUUGGAACAAAGAAGUAAGAAGUUAAGGAUCUGCAUCAUGCUUUAUUCAAAAACAACCAAAGGAAUGUUACCUGUGUUCAUUGCUAAUAUGCUUAAAAGUGGAGUUGGUAGAUUACAUUUUUCUGUUUCUUUGGGUAAUUUCUUCUGUUAUUGUUGAAAGUGUGGCUGCCACAUAUUAUGUUUGAGUCCCAUGAAAAUACCACAUCAUUUGCCCAGUCCCACAUGUAGACCUCUGGCACUUGGCAGAGGUCUAAAAAUGCUCUCACCAUUUCAAAUGUCCCUUUCUCCCCUCCAGCAAGCAUGAUGAGCAUACUUUCAGCUGGGGAGGGAGGCUGAAGGAACAGGAUAGAGGUGCCCUCAGGACCUUGGAAGCACAGUGCAAUGCAGGGAUGAAUACCCAGUUCCCCCCACCCCAUCUCAGUUCUUGGAGAGAGGCUGGGGCACAUCUGUGUUACACAACGUGACUCCAAACUGGGCAAGAGCUUUCCCCUAAUCUUGUGCUCUGCUUCAGAAGCACUUGGGUUGAUGCCAAAGCCCAGCAUGAUAAUAGAAAGAAGACCUGCUCGUUUCCCUCAUGGAGGUCCUGGCAACCACACAGUUUUCCAGCCAAAAUUUGCGGAGCCCCUAGCUUCCAGGUGUGGACGUUACCGGUGUGAUAGAGGACAACCAUGCCAUUACCGUUACCUAGGAAUCUGUCUGGUUUUAUACAGACACCCUUCGGACAUUGUGGAGAGGAGCUGCAGCAUAAGCUACUCCUAGGUGGCACAAGUUUUUUUGUAUUACUGUGGUUGGUGGUCCUAGAAGGAACUGUGCUGCAGUGGUGUCAUACUGCCAGCAUAAUGUAAGAAGUGGGGCGACAGUUACUGAAUGAAGAUGCUUGUUCAUUCAGGUUGUAUGAACAAGCAGGUUGUAGUCAGCGCUAUUGUAACAGACCCUAUGAUCCAUUUUGAUAAUAUCUGCAAGAUUUCCUUACACUUUCACUUGAACUCUAAAGAGCAAGCUUAUAUUUUGAUUCCAUUGAUGUGAUGCCAUCUACUGUCUCUUUUCAUAACUCUGUACAAAAUGUGUGCACAUUUGACUGUGUUGUGUGUGUGUGUGUGUGUGUGUGUACAAUGUGUGGAAAAUACUGAAUUUUAACAAGACUGACUUGCCAGUUAUUUAUCCUGUGAACAGUGUUUGUAUGUGUGUCUUUUAAACUUUUUCAAAAAGGGGGGGAAACUUUAUUAAUAAAGUGUGCCACCUGAAUA